GCCCCGUGCCGUGUGGUCGCGCGAUUGCCCUGCCGAUUGUACUGCCGUCGUGCGUUUUACCAGACUUGAAACAAGCGCCACAAACAAGUCGAGGAUGCUACCCGUGAAGCCGGGCAGCCCCGCGCCGGACGGCAGCUCAAUGGACAAGAAGCCGAUCGCCGGCAUCCCGCGUGUGGCGCCCACCACCAAGUUCAACGCGCCCGUGCACAUCGACGUCGGCGGCACCAUCUACACCUCGUCAUUGGAGACGCUCACUGCCUACCCCGAAUCAAGGCUUGGGAAGAUGUUCAACGGAACGAUCCCCAUAGUCCUAGAUACAUUGAAGCAGCACUACUUCAUCGACCGCGAUGGCGGCAUGUUCCGGCACAUUCUUAACUUCCUGCGCAACAAGAAGCUGUUGCUGCCUGAUGACUUCCCCAACUUGGAUUUGCUGCUACACGAAGCAUUGUACUUCGAGUUAGACCAUAUGGUGUUCGUCCUGACAAAGAUGAAGAACAACAAAGAGGGCGUGAAGCAGGACCGAGUGUGGCUGAGCGAGGCCAACGAGCGGCUCAAACAGGAGUCUGAGCUGCUCACGCAGGAGCGCGAGCGUCUGCAGCAGCGGUGGUCGUGAACUGAGGUAACUCCCGCUGUUUCUUGAAGAACAACAAAGAGGGCGUGAAGCAGGAUCGAGUGUGGCUGAGGGAGGCCAACGAGCGGCUCAAGCAGGAGUCCGAGCUGCUCACGCAGGAGCGCGAGCGUCUGCAGCAGCGGUGGUCGUGAACUGAGGUAACUGCCGCUGUUUCUUGAAGAACAACAAAGAGGGCGUGAAGCAGGACCGAGUGUGGCUGAGCGAGGCCAACGAGCGGCUCAAGCAGGAGUCCGAGCUGCUCACGCAGGAGCGCGAGCGUCUGCAGCAGCGGUGGUAGUGAACUGAGGUAACUGCCGCUGUUUCUUGAAGAACAACAAAGAGGGCGUGAAGCUGGACGGAGUGUGGCUGAGCGAGGUCAACGAGCGGCUCAAACAGGAGUCCGAGCUGCUCACGCAGGAGCGCGAGCGUCUGCAGCAGCGGUGGCCGUGAACUGAGGUUAGCUGUACAGAUGCUGAUAUAAAAAGAAAACGCACUACGUAACCGUUAUUUGUUUGAAAAGUCAUUGUUUUUAUUUCAAUUUUGAGUAGUUUAUGAAUUAGUUAACUAUAUUAUUUAAGCUAUUUUUAUUUAUCGUAAGCAGAAUCGGUUAUUAGUACUAUAAGGUACCCGCCCAGGCCAUAAACUCAAUUACCAACGGUUUUCAAUAAAAUUACUUACUUCGCUCUGUAAGAGUUUUUGUGAGUCUGUUAAACUAACCCCCGUUUGCCGCGACAAUUUUGCGCUUUUUUGCUCACAUUAUAUUUGGUGAUUAAGGAAUAUUAUACUUACUUAACCCGAUGUUUUCGAGGCUAACUAACUUAGUUAUUAUGUAAAUACAUUAUUUUGGAAUGUACGAGUAGAUAUAAUACAUUUAUUAAGUAGGUAUGUAUAUUAUCUCCUAAGAUAAACUUUAUAUAUAUAUAUGUACUACAUACGGUGUAACACGUACACUUUUUUUUGACACAAAAGUGUAUGAUCCCUGACUUUGUUAUUGCCUAUGUUUUGUGAAAGGCUUCCUUCGCAUUAUCCUCAUAAAGCCACCACCAUACAAAAUUUUCCUAUUAUUAAUUUGAAGAUGUUUGAGAAAGAAAUGAAACAAAAGAAAAGCUACUUAUUUUGUUUAUGUAAAGGUUCUAAUUAGACUGAAAUGGAGUGUACACAUGCACAUUACACAUAUACGUGGUCUGAGUCAUAAACAUAAGUAGCUUAGCAAACUAGACGUUUAAAAUUAUCUGAACACUAUACUACAUUUUAAAAGAAAGUAAGUAAUGAUUUCAUUUCUAAGGACAACAUGUUGUUGGACGCGUGAACACUUCUUAAGGUGCAAUAUCUAAAUCAAGAUGUUGAUAUGUCCACACACACACACACACACACACACACACACACACGACGUACACUACAUAUUCUUUAAUGAUUUGAGUGCUUCUUUUUGCCAUUUUUUAUGUGACCUUAUUCUGCCACUUUUGUGUUAUUUCUAGUCAGGAUCGCGAGCCAUUUUCAUCGAUAAGGAAGAUUCUUUAAAGGAUAAAAAAACUUUAGCAAAAUUUUCAUGCAUUUUUCAAACUUGCCUUCUUGUUACCGCCAUACAAAGUACCUAUAUGGGAUAAUGGUAACUCAAUAGGAAAAAAACUGGGAAUUUUUAUCUCAUUAGGAUCGAAAGAGCUCGUAAUUCUGAGUAGAAAUAACAUAAAAUUUAUGAAUAAAGGAAAAAAAAACAAUAUUAAUGAGUGGCAUUUUUUUAAGAAACGCUCAAUUUAUAACACGGAAAUCUAAGCUGCUUUCGAUUUAUAAUUAUAAAUUUACUUAAUUAGUCAACAUGUACAAUAAAAUACUCAUGUAGUGCUUAAGUAAACAAAAUUCUUAAAUUAAGAAAUGUUUGGAAUGAAAAAUGUACAAUGAAAGAGCUUAAGAGUUGGAGCAAAAUUUGUACUAAUUAAUUAUAAUAAGCCGGCUACUCACAUACGUGCCCAAAGGCCAACUUUGAACUCGCGACACUCGGAGCUACGAGGGCCGUUUGAUAAGUUUUUUAUACAAAUUACAUUUAUUUCUCAACAUUAUCUCCUUCAAGGGCCUAACACUUAUUCCAGAAAUUUUCCAUUUUUUUUAUCCCCUUCAAAGAAUACGAUUUGUUGAGUUCUGCAAAAUAGCCGUUCACGUCUGCGAUACAAUCCUCAUUUGUUAAAAUUUUUUGUCCUCAAAGUCAUCUUUUCAAUAAAGUAAUAAUCACACGGAGCUAAGUCCUGUGAAUACGGAGCACGAGGAACUAGCUCGAAGCCUAAUUCGUGUUUAUUUGCCAUUGCAAUAGUUGAGGUGUGCACUGGGGCAUUGUCUUGAUGAAAGAGGACUUUCGUGGGGGAUAAUUUUGGUUCCAAAUGCAGGAUUUUAUGUACUCGCUCAGUGGAGAUGCCUAUCUUCUCAGCUAUAUCGCGCACCUUUCUUUACUUGGCGGUCGUCGAGUACGAUAUUAUGGAAUUCUUCAACAACAUCCUCAGUAUUGACUUCGAUUGGGCGACCAGAGCGUGGAGCAUCAGAUGUGCUUGACCGACCACGUUUAAAAUCAUUUAACCAGUUAUAAAUAGUUGGUGCGUUAGUGCCGUGAACAGAAUCAAGUUCAGUUUUUAUUGUGGCAGCACCGCAACCCUUCAUAAAAGUGUUUAAUACCGGCACGAAAUUCUGAUUUUUCCAUAGUUGUUAUAAAUGUAUAGGCGAUCACAGUUAAGCAAUGGUUAAAGUGACAAUUCGUUUUUUUUUUAAAAGAUUAUGCCAGCCAGUGUUAAUGCCACUUACCGAAAAAACGUUUUAUAAAAAGUUUUUUUAAAAGAUCUAACGGCCCUCGUAUUUCAGGAUUUUUCUACAUCUACACCUACACGUAUGCUUGCUGGGUACAAGUAACUGAACGGGCAGUUGAAAACACGUCCACUACGUCCAGUUUUGUCCCAAAGGAAAAUGUGAAUGCUCCAAUCGCGUGACAAUCUAUAGUGGAGUUCAAUAGAAUUUACAAAGGGCAUUUCUACAGUUGUACAGUAAGCAUCAUACUCAUAACUAGCGUAUUAGACUAUGCGUCAAAAAUACUAUUCUCUGAUAGCCUAACAAAAAGAAUUUCUCUAUAAUAUGUAUUCAGGGUGUAAUUUUAACCACCCGUACUCUGCGUAUUGACUUUCUAGGUCAUAUUGAACAACUUUUAUUAUGGGACCAAUGCCGAAAUCACAAAAAAAAGUCGUCGGCAUCACAUUAGUCGAAAUGUAUGA